CCUGCGAAUACUUAGCACGUAUAGUUAAUGUGUUGUGAAUAAGCGGAACUGAGUGAAAUCUUAGUGUAGUCAUGAGAACUGUGGUGGUUCUGUGUGUGAUAAUAGUGUCAACCAGUUGUUUCACUACGGACGAUGUAGAGUCACUUCGAAGAGAGAAAAGACAAGAGGCAAGCUGGAAUUGGGGCUCUGGCGGCGAUGAAACACCAUCGAUUAGGAAUUCAGAAAGUCAGAAACUAGUAGCAACUGAGCCAACAACUACAACUGAGGAGCCAAACCCAUGCCUGAAUAGGUACAAGCCUGAAGUGAAGGACUUUAAUAGACCAGGUCGAAGGCUCAGCGAAGUGAAAUGCUAUGAACAUAUCUACGACAUUAAAGUUCGCGAGGAGACAAGAAAGAGUAGUGACGCAUGUUUGGCCUACGAAAUUAAACACCCCGGGCCAUACGGACCUUACUAUGCCAUUGGAGGUGUAAGUGCGAAACCUGGAGAAUUCCCUCACAUGGGCGCCAUAGGCUGGAAGGCGGCUGUAGGCACGUGGAUCUUCAAAUGUGGAGGCUCGCUCAUCAGCGACAAAUUCGUGCUGACUGCUGCGCACUGCACGAAGGCAUCCGAGCGAGACACGAGUGUUGCCGAUGUCGUGCCCAAGAUCGUCAGAUUGGGAUCUAAUAAUAUUGCUGAUGAUUAUCUCAACGACACGUUACCAACCCAGGCGAACAUCAAACGUAUAAUAGAGCAUCCGAACUACAAAGCCCCAAUGAAGUAUUACGACAUAGCUCUGAUGGAGUUGCAGAAUCCAGUGCAAUUCGACAACUACGUACAACCUGCUUGUCUCUGGAGUGGUGAGAGCAGUCCUUUGAUCGGGCAGAAGGCGACAUUGACCGGAUGGGGUGUUGUUGAAACAGUCAGCAGAACAACGGCUCCAGACCUUCAAGCGGCGGUGGUGGAUGUCUUCGAAUCGGACUUGUGUGAUAAACUGCUGAAGCCUUCCUGCAACCGGCACUGGUGCGGGAUGCAGGAUCACCAGCUCUGCGCCGGGAAACUGGCGGGCGGUGUUGAUGCUUGCCAGGGCGACUCAGGAGGACCUCUUCAGAUAAAGAUCCCACUACCCCCCACCACCAACGGACGGAUGUACUACAUAGUGGGUGUGACGUCAUUCGGCAUCGGCUGCGCGCUGCCCAAUCUACCAGGCAUCUACACCCGCGUGUCCAGCUUCAUCGACUGGGUCGAAGAUAUUGUUUGGAAAUAUGUAGUCAUGAGAAGUGUAGUGAUUCUGUUUGUGUUAUUAGUGUCAUCCAAUUGUUUCACUGCGGACGAUGUGGAGACACUUCGAAGAGAGAAAAGACAAGAGACAGGCUGGAAUUGGGGCACUGACGGUGAUGAAACACCAUUAGAUAGGAAUUCUGAAAGUCAGAAACUAUCAACUGAGCCAACAACGCCGACGACUACAACUGUAGAGCCAAAUCCUUGCCUGAAUAUGUACAAGCCUGAAGUGAAGGACUUUAACAGGCCAGGUCGAAGGCUCAGCGAAGUGAAAUGCUAUGAACACAUUUAUGACAUUAAAGUUCGUGCGGAGACGAAAAAGACUGAGGACGCAUGUGUGGCCUACAAUAUUAAACACCCUGGUCCAAUCGCCCUUGGAGGCCAAUUUGCCAUUGGAGGAAAAAGUGCGGAACCUGGAGAAUUCCCUCACAUGGGCGCCAUAGGCUGGAAGGCGGCUGUAGGCACGUGGAUCUUCAAAUGCGGAGGCUCGCUCAUCAGCGACAAAUUCGUGCUGACUGCUGCACAUUGCACGAAAGCAUCCGAGCGAGACACGAGUGUAGCCGAUGUAGUGCCCAAGAUCGUCAGAUUGGGAUCUAAUAAUAUUGCUGAUAGUUAUGCCAACGACUCGGUACCAGUCACGGCGAUCAUCAAGCGUAUAAUAGAGCAUCCGAACUACAAAGCCCCAAAGAAGUAUUUCGACAUAGCUCUGAUGGAGUUGCAGAAUCAAGUGCAAUUUGACAACUACGUACAACCUGCUUGCCUUUGGAGUGGUGAGAGCAGUCCUUUGAUUGGGAGGAAGGCGACAUUGACCGGAUGGGGUGUUGUUGAAACAGUCAGCAGAACAACGGCUCCAGACCUUCAAGCGGCGGUGGUGGAUGUCUUCGAAUCGGAGCUGUGUGAUAAACUGCUGAAGCCUUCCUGCAACCGGCACUGGUGCGGGAUGCAGGAUCACCAGCUCUGCGCCGGGAAACUGGCGGGCGGUGUUGAUGCUUGUCAGGGUGACUCAGGAGGGCCUCUUCAGAUAAAGAUCCCACUCCCCCCCACCACCACUGGGCGGAUGUAUUACAUCGUGGGCGUGACGUCAUUCGGCAUCGGCUGCGCGCUGCCCAAUCUACCAGGCAUCUACACCCGCGUGUCCAGCUUCAUCGACUGGGUCGAAGAUAUUGUUUGGAAAUAAAUUAUU